GUCUCUCAGACUAUAAACAACGUGGACACGUUAUUCCAAUCUUACUUUGAUGCUCAUUCAUUUAACAUAUUUGUAUGCAUCCGUUUUCAACUCUCAAAGACUGUGGUGGAGAAUCCAACAAUGCAGACCAUGGAUAUUGAUGAUGACACGUCUCCCAACAAGCCCAGUGUUACAUUUGCAGCUAAUUUUCAUUGGUGGAAGAGACCCUCUGGAAUUGCUGCAGUGUGUCUCGGGCUGCUGUGUGUUCUCCUAUUGGCUGGGAUCAUAGGCCUGUUUGUCUACUAUGGCGUCAUCGAUCAUCACUACUCAACAGAGAGAGACCAACAGACCAGUUACAGCCUUCUGACUAAAGAAGGAGAUCAGCAACCAACCAGUUAUAAUAACUUGACUAAAGAGGGACAACAGCUACAGACAGGUUACAACACCCUGACUAAAGAGAGAGACCAGCUACAGAGCAGUUACAACAACCUGACUGAAGAGAGAGACCAGCUACAGACCAGUUACAACACCCUGACUAAAGAGAGAGACCAACUACAGAGCAGUUACAACAACCUGACUGAAGAGAGAGACCAGCUACAGACCAGUUACAACACCCUGACUAAAGAGAGAGACCAGCUACAGACAGGUUACAACACCCUGACUAAAGAGAGAGACCAGCUACAGAGCCGUUACAACAACCUGACUGAAGAGAGAGACCAACUACAGACCAGUUACAACACCCUGACUAAAGAGAGAGACCAGCUACAGAGCAGUUACAGCAACCUGACUGAAGAGAGAGACCAGCUACACACCAGUUACAACACCCUGACUAAAGAGAGAGACCAGCUACAGACCAGUUCCAACACCCUGACUAAAGAGAGAGACCAACUACAGAGCAGUUACAACAACCUGACUGAAGAGAGAGGCCAGCUACAGACCAGUUACAACACCCUGACUAAAGAGAGAGACCAGCUACAGACAGGUUACAACACCCUGACUAAAGAGAGAGACCAGCUACAGAGCAGUUACAACAACCUGACUGAAGAGAGAGACGAGCUACAGACCAGUUACAACACCCUGACUAAAAAGAGAGACCAGCUACAGAAUAGUCUCGCAACCAAAACUAAGGAGAAAGACCAGUUGCAGAAUACUCUCACCACACGAACACAGGAAAGAGAUCAACUGCAGAAUAGUCUUAAUACAAAAACAAAGGAGAGAAACCAGCUACAGAGUAGCCUAAAUACCAGGACCACAGAGAGAGACCAGCUACAGAGUAGCCUAAAUACCAGGACCACAGAGAGAGACCAGCUACAGAGUAGCCUAAAUACCAGGACCACAGAGAGAGACCAGCUACAGAGUAGCCUAAAUACCAGGACCACAGAGAGAGACCAGCUACAGAGUAGCCUAAAUACCAGGACCACAGAGAGAGACCAGCUACAGAAUAGCCUAAAUACCAGGACCACAGAGAGAGAUCAGCUACAGAAUAGCCUAAAUACCAGGACCAAAGAGAGAGACCAGCUACAAAAUAGUCUCACCACAAGGACCAAAGACAGGGACAAGCAACAAAAUAGUCUUAAAGUCAUGACUGCUGAAAGGGAUCAAUUAAAAAAGAAUCUUAACUCAAGGACUAAAGAGAGAGACCAGUUACAGAAUAGUCUUAAUACCAAAACUAAGGACAGAGACCAGUUGCAGAAUACUCUCACCACAAUAACUCGGGAGAGAGACCAGUUGCAGAAUAGUCUAAAUAACAGGACCAUAGAGAGAGACCAGUUACAGAAUCAUCUAAAUACCACAACCACUGAAAUGGACAAGUUGAAGAAGAGUGUGGAGAAUAGAACUAUGGAGCGUGACCAGCUACAGAAGGAGAGGGAAAGGCUGAACUGUAAUAUCACAGGGUCCUGUCCUGAAGGAUGGAGAAGGUUUGGCUGCAGCUGUUACUACCUCUCUACUGAGAGGAAAUCUUGGGAGGAGAGUAGACAGGACUGUCUGGAGAGAGGAGCAGAUCUGGUGAUCAUUAACAAUGAAGAGGAACAGACAUUCAUCAAUGGGUUUGAAUCAGUCACUUUUGCCUGGAUUGGUCUGACUGACUCUGUUACUGAGGGGACCUGGAAAUGGGUGGACGGAACCCCACUGACCACCCCAAGGUAUUGGAGGAGUGCACAUCCUAUUGGUAGUACACGCAUUAACUGUGCGUUCAUCCAUCUCAUGUCAUCAGGCCAUGGACAAUGGUGGAGUUUUAAUUGUUCCUCUUCAGAACAAUGGAUCUGUGAGAAAAACAUGUGGACACGUUACUCCAAUCUUACAUUUCAUCCUCACUCAGUUCAUCACGUUAAGUUUGUCUUAACAAACCAUUAUAACAUAUUUGGAUGUAUCCGUUUUCAACUCUCAAAGACUGUGUCUAUACAAACACAGGUGGAGAAUCCAACAAUGCAGACCAUGGAUAUUGAUGAUGACGACAUGUCUCCCAACAAGCCCAGUGUUACAUUUUCAGCUCAUUUUCAGUGGUGGAAGAGACCCUCUGGAGUUGCUGCAGUGUGUCUGGGGCUGCUGUGUGUUCUUCUAUUGGCUGGGAUCUUAGGCCUGUUUGUCUACUAUGGAGUCAUUGAUCAUCACUACUCAACAGAGAGAGACCAACAGACCAGUUACAGCCUUCUGACUAAAGAAGGAGAUCAGCAACCCAACUGCUAUCAUAACUUGACUAAAGAGGGACAACAGCUACAGACCAGUUACAACACCCUGACUAAAGAGAGAGACCAGCUACAGAGCAGUUACAACACCUUAACUCAAGAGAGAGACGAGCUACAGACCAGUUGCAACACCCUGACUAAAGAGAGAGUCGAGCUACAGACCAGUUAUAACAACCUGACUAAAGAAAGAGACCAGCUACAGACCAGUUACAACAACCUGACUAAAGAAAGAGAACAGCUACAGACCAGUUACAAAACCCUGACUAAAGAGAGAGACCAGCUACAGAGCAGUUACAACACCUUAACUCAAGAGAGAGACGAGCUACAGACCAGUUGCAACACCCUGACUAAAGAGAGAGACCAGCUACAGAGCAGUUACAACACCUUAACUCAAGAGAGAGACGAGCUACAGACCAGUUGCAACACCCUGACUAAAGAGAGAGUCGAGCUACAGACCAGUUAUAACAACCUGACUAAAGAAAGAGACCAGCUACAGACCAGUUACAACAACCUGACUAAAGAAAGAGAACAGCUACAGACCAGUUACAAAACCCUGACUAAAGAGAGAGAACAGCUACAGACCAGUUACAACACCCUGACUAAAGAGAGAGACCAGCUACAGAAUAGCCUCACCACGAGGACCAAAGACAGGGACCAGCAGCAAAAUAGUCUUAAAGUUAUGACUGCUGAAAGGGAUCAAUUAAAGAAUAGUCUUAACUCACGGACAAAAGAGAGAGACCAGUUGCAGAAUAAUCUAAAUACCAAGACCACAGAGAAAAAUCAGCUACAGAAUAGUCUAAAUACCAGGACCACAGAGAGAAACCAGCUACAGAAUAGUCUCACAACCAAAACUAAGGAGAAAGACCAGUUGCAGAAUACUCUCACCACAAUAACUCAGGAGAGAAACCAGCUACAGAAUAGCCUAAAUACCAGGACCACAGAGAGAGACCAGCUACAGAAUAGCCUAAAUAGCAGGACCAAAGAGAGAGACCAGCUACAAAAUAGUCUCACCACAAGGACCAAAGACAGGGACAAGCAACAAAAUAGUCUUAAAGUCAUGACUGCUGAAAGGGAUCAAUUAAAAUAUUAUCUUAACUCACGGACCAAAGAGAGAGACCAGUUACAGAAUAGUCUAAAUACCAGGACCACUGAGAGAGACCAGCUACAGAAUAGUCUAAAUACCACAACCACUGAGAGAGACCGGUUUAAAACGAGGCUUAGGUUCUAUGAGAAACCCUGUCUGGAUGGAUGGUGGAAGUUUGGCACCAGCUGUUAUUAUGUCUCCUCCACGAUGGACUCAUCUGGGGCCGGUCAGAAGGAGUGCAGAACAAUGGGAGGAGAGUUGGUUAUUAUAAACAGCAGAGAAGAACAGAUAUUUAUCCAUGGAUUUAAGAAGAAUGUCUGGAUUGGUACAUUUAAAAAAGACAGAAUCUGGAAGUGGGUUGACGACACACCAUUUAAACCUACAUAUUGGAUGGAAGGGGAACCUAACAACUUGAAUGACGAGGUGGCUUGUGUUGAGAUCUCACAGACGGCAUCAGACCCACUGAAGAGUUGGAAGGAUGGACCGUGUAUUCCAAAACACUGGGUGUGUGAAAAACCGUUCACACCGUAGUCUAAUUAUAGUAGCUACUGUAACCCCAUAUCUUAUGGAGUUGUUCUGGUUUUCCCUGUUAUUCUUAAGCUGUUUUUGUUUCUAUGUGGAACUAACUACAUUGAAAGAUGUAUUCCUGUCUUUAAAGAGACCAGAGCUAUGUGGAGUCUACCGUUCAUCAGGCCCAGGGGAGUGGAACUGGGGUCUCGUAGGCUCUAACUGUGGUUUACAUUUGUACCUAUAUGGUGUACAUAACCAAUCUAACAAGAUACUGUUUCAUUGAAGUUUUUACAGCUAUCAAUCCAUUUGAAAUGCAGCAGUGUUCUAUGUUUGCUUCCAUUCUGUUCCAUAUGUUCCACGUGUUCAUUCUACUGAUUAAAUACAUCUAUAUA